AUGCAAGUCAGAAAUAUUCAGAACAUAGCACCGAGUCUAACUGACAAGAGUAUAAAGAUAUACUAUGAACAUGUUAUGAUGAAACCAACCAAAAUUCAAGAAAGUCAGUAUACUUAUGAAUAUCCAAGACACUGGGUAGAGUAUGUAGGAGGUGAGAAAGCUAUUGAAAUCAGACAGGUUCGAAGUAUUCCAGCAGGAAGAACAAUAUUAUUGAAGAACUUUAAUGUUUUGAGGUAUAAUGAUGAAACAAAGAAGCAAGAUAGUUUCCCUGUUGCUGUGUAUGUGAACUUAGAUACAGGAGAUGACAUGAAAGUUUUUAAUACAAAGCUUCAAACGGUAGUGAGAGAACAACUGACUGCGGAAGGACAUCCAUUACCUUCAGAAGUUACCAUAGCAUAUAAUUUUGAAACAAACUCAAUAGAUUUUAAAGUCGUCUCUGCAAAGAAGUCAGGUUUUACAUUUAAUGAAGCAGAUGUAUAUUCGAAUGAAAACUUCAAAGCUAUUGCAUGGUUAGAUAAUGACGAUUGCUUUAAGAAAAUAUUUAAAUACAGUGACUCAACGAUGUCAAUAGAUGACCUUCGUGGAAUGUUACCAUCGACGUUUACAGUUGAAGGUUCAGCAGGAUUGCUUGCAAGAUU